CAUGUAGCGACGACGCGUUUUUACUUUCUAAAACAGGCCCGAACUACGAAACUUUAAACAUAAGUACAUAUUAUUGGAUAAAUCUAUAGGAAUUUAAUUAAAUAUGUUGGUGGUUUUGGCUCUGGCCGUGGUAGGCGCGGUGGUGGUGGCGGGGUUCGUGAUCGAUUCGCUGUGGAGUGUUGUGGAAUUGAUAACCUCGUAUCUGAUGCCAUACUUCAUACCCGCGGAAGUGUUACCCCUUGCGAAGAGGUUCGGACCUUGGGCCGUCAUCACGGGCAGCACAGAUGGUAUUGGCAAGCAGUACUCGCUGGAGCUGGCGCAGAGGGGCAUUAACGUAGUGCUGAUCAGCAGAAACCCUGACAAAUUGAAGAGCGUCGCUGAAGAAAUUGAAAAACUUCACAGCGUUAAGACGAAGACGAUCGUAGCGGACUUCGCCAAGGGGUCCGUUGUGUACGAGCAAAUAGAGAAGGAGCUUAAAGAUAUCCCCGUGGGAAUACUAGUGAACAACGUGGGCCAACAGUACGAGUACCCGAUGCCGUUGUGCGAGAUCCCCACCAGCAAGGCGUGGGAGAUCAUCAACGUGAACGUGGUGGCGGUGACGUCCAUGACGCGGAUGGUGCUGCCGGCGAUGGUGGCGCGGGGCCGCGGCGCUGUGGUCAACGUGUCCUCGGGCUCUGAGCUGCAGCCACUGCCGCUCAUGGCUGUAUAUGCUGCUACUAAAGUGUACGUGCGCAACUUCACCCUGGCGGUGCGGGACGAAUACGCCCCGCAGGGAAUCCACGUGCAACACCUCUCGCCCCUGUUCGUAUCCACCAAGAUGAACACGUUCUCGCAGCGGCUGCUGGACGGCAACUUUCUGGUGCCCGACGCGCCCACCUACGCGCGCCACGCCGUGUGCACGCUGGGCCGCGUGCACACCACCACCGGCUACUGGCUGCAUGGGAUACAGUACCUCUUUAUCAAAAUGGCGCCAGAAUGGUUGAGAAUAAAAAUCGGCGCACACUUGAACAGAGGCUUUCGAGAGGAGCACAUGCAAAAAGUUAAAAUUAAAACGCAUUGAGUUGUAGAGUAAGCUAGAAUACUAGGUAAACUUUUAGUACAAAUUUUUUCACCAUGUCCAUUAUUCAUAAUUCCUAACUAGGCACAAACAGCUGAUGUGAAAAAUUUAAAUAUUUAGUCGUAAUUUUAUUAUUUUGUAAGCAUUCUAAAUGAAAUUUUAGUGAAGAUUAUACCAUAAUUUUUAUAUCUAUUUCAUAGUCUAUUUUGUAUACUAAUUAUGCAGAUAAGCGACUAUAUUAAUCGUCAUCAUCUGAAAUGACGGACGUUAAUGUACACUGGAUAAUGGAUAUAUACCUAUCCAUAGAAUUAAGAACAUACAGAAGGCGUAUACACGACUAAUAUUGAAGCAUCAAAAACCACUCCACUUUAGAAUGGUUUCUCGAAACAACGGUUAAUACACAUACUAUUUAGCAGACUGCAGAUGACGGUAAUAAUUUUACCUCUAAUGUUCUUAGCGUUCAUCAUAAAAUGUGAAAAUGGGAAAAAGUUUAUCUGCUAGCAACAUUCCGCGAAUGUAAAGUGACGCGUAGUGUACGCGGGGCGUUUUCACUGCUUUUGGACACAAUGCACUGCGUACAAAAAUGGCUGAAUGAGAAUUCUGGAUGUUCUUAAUUCAAUGUGCCUACCCAUUUUUAUUAAUCCGCUACAUGUUAGCUCUUUGUAUUAGGGAUUUAUAUUGUGUUUAACAAUGGGGCUGACUUAUCACUGAUGGUAAGUUAUGGUCCAGUCCAAGAUGGUAGCGAUCUGCGUCCUAACCUGACAAGUACAUACCCCUAAACGAGUGGAAAGUCAUGAAGGAAUUCAUCGGUUCUGAACGCUAAAUCGCUUGGCUUAAGUUAGCUGAUAACUAACCACCUGUGCGACGUAAGCCCCCCAUCAGACCAGAAUAGUAAAAUUUAAAAAAUUAUAAAACGAGCCUCUACCUAAUCGUAUCCGGUACAUCUCUUUUAUAAAAUCAAAUUACGUGGUCUUGUGUAUCGAAGAUUAUUUUUUUAUUCAAAGAAUAUAAUCAAUAUAGGAUCUCCAUGUAGUGACGAGGAGAUGUUUUUCUUAUUAUGUAUAUUCUGUAAUUCUACGUGAUGUACAAAAAUUUUUUAUCCAUUAAUUAAUUCGAUAUGAAAUUAUCUCAAUCUGCCAUAAUGUUUUAUUCUGAUAUAAAAAAUGUAUCUCUUGAACACAUUGAACUUGUAUCUAAUUAUUAACACUUGACGGACUGUUGUCUCUUUGGAUUUGUCUCCGCCAUUUUGGCGCUUUUUUGAGGGCGUAAUACGAGUGUCCAAGGAACUAAAAUGUGAAUUGCUAAAAACCCCAGAACAACGAUAUUAUUACGUGCAUAUAGGGUUAAAGGACUUGUAAUAGGAACAUCUGAUGACUCUUGGAAGACUUUACUCUUCUCUUUAUCAUCAUCAUCACAUCAACCGAUAGACGUCCACUGCUGGACAUAGGUCUUUUGUAGGGAGUUCCAAGUUCCACGAUUCUGAGCCGCUUGGAUCCAACGGCUACCUGCGACGCGCUUAAUGUCGUCUGUCCACCUCGUUGGGGGUCGACCAACGCUGCGCUUACCAGUACGGGGCUGCCAUUCCAGCACCUUGGGACCCCAACGUCGCGUUUGGCGCAGUUAUAGUUUCUCUUUAUCACAAUGAUCCAAAACACACUUUCAAUCGUAGAUCAAUCUUAUCAUCACUUUCACUGUCGAAGUUUAAACGAUCCCGAAACAUUUCGAAUUAUAUUAUCCCUCGAAUUUGUAGGUAUUAGGGUCAAACACGUUAAAUACGUUACGUCUUUACACGCGAUUAAUAUAGAUAGAUUGAUAACAAUGUUAUUUCCAUAGACACUCGUAUCAUGUGACAAUGUGGCGCUCCAAAUGGAGAUAAAAUUAAAGCGGUCGGUCCAGUGAGGUCAGAGCAUGAAUACCUUACGACAAAAUUACGACCAAGUUAUCCGCUGACCAAAUGUUAAUAAACCGACAGUUCGUUUGCUUAGUGCGCCCACUAAAAAUAACGUUUUAGUCUUCUGUAAAAUUUAAAAAUAAAUUAUAAUUAUUGAAUAAUGUAAAAAAAAAAUUUUGUUUAUCCCUAAAAGUUUAAUCACUUGUUUCACUGUCGAAUUUUGCGAAAGAACGAUCCUGAAACAUUUCGUUUUAUUAAUUAUUUUAUCAUACUCGAAUUUGUAGGUAUCAGGGUCAUGCACGUUAUGUACGUACGUUACGUUUUCACAUUUUGAAGUUUGACGGUUCAAAAGUAUAAAAUAUUCUUUACUCUUUCCUUUUUUAUUCGUGGGGAAAUCUUCAUGGAUACCACCGCGCCUGGGCCACGGGAACGCUUUCGCAAACCUCUACGAUAAUAAAAUACCCCAACCUAACCUAAUCUAAAAUACUUAAAUAAGGACCUUUCAUUUGUUUGUUUACAUUUGGUCCGCGGACAUAUUGGCCACACUUUAGUUAGUUUUUAAUGUAAAUUCGGGUUUACGAAUCAGGUGUUCGCUAUUGAGGUUUACACAAGUCUUCUUAAGAUAGACUAUUUAAGUGUUAUUAUUAUGUUAAUAAUGUGAGUCAUUGUAGUUUAUUUAAUUUUAAAUGUAUGUGAUAUUAUUAGCAAUUAUCUCAAAUAUAUAUAAGGUGGUGUACAAGUA